ACGUUUUGGGAAUAGUCAAUAAAGUUAUCCAAACUAGUAAAAUAUUUUAUUUUUGAACAGCUGUAGCACCAGUACUCAUGAUUCAAACAUAGCCCUUUGUCAUGUGAUUGCGUUUCUAGAACCAUAAGUCAGAGAAUUGCAUAGCGGUCUGCUGUACGGUCCGUGGAAUGCUGAUGAUCGAUGAUGGCGGAAAAAGGAACAGUUUCACCCACUAAGCCUCCCAGUGCAUUAAGUCAAAUGUUAAAGAGUAUAUCAGACGAAAGAAAAAAGACAGUCAGUGGACCAUCAGAUUCAGGGUUUGAACUUGUGCCAUCCAAUGUAGCUGAAUUUUGGACAGACAUGUUUGUCCGAUAUUUUGCCAAUGGGGGCACGUCUCCAGAUGAUAGCCGUGAUGAUAUGCUUUUUUACAUAAGAAAAAAUCCUGAAGUGAAAAACAAGUAUGGAAUGAUUCAGCCCUUGAUGGAAGUGUACAGGCGAGACUCCAAGCACUUGCCACAGCUGGAUGAUCCCAACAUUGACUGGGAGGAAUCUGUCUACCUCAACAUUAUCAUGCAUCAGUUUGACUUUACUAUAACAUGUGCUGUGUGCACAAGAACAAGUGCCAAAGAUCUCCAGAUUCUUAAGAAGUGUUCACAUCGAGUUUAUGCCAGCCCUAGUCAACGAGAGAUGGAUAGCAAGGGCACGCAUGAAAAGAUCACCUAUCCAAAUAUUUUCUUUACUGUUGAUGCCUUUGAAGAGGCCUUUGAGGCGCUCAUUGUGAGAGACAGUGAGUUUGUGGCUGUUGAACUUACAGCGUCUGACAAGGCAGGGUGCUUCCAAAGUGUACUUUUUCUUGGGUCUGUCAAGUAUGAUGCUCUCAGACGCACUUAUGAAAGCAGGGCCAGCAUGACAUCUAAGGUAAUGCAGCGCAUGUCCUUUGGAUGGUACAAAGACAAACGCAGAGUUGAGUUCAUGCGUAUGAGAGGCCCAAUGAACAAAGGUCACGCAGAAAUGGCUGUUAGCAGAGUCAAAGGUUCAGGCCCUGAGACACCAAAUGUGGAAAAUUUUCCCAUAUCUGACUUUGAAGAUGAUGAUCAAAAUCAGUAUGAACAGAGAAGAAUGAGUGACCCAAGCUCCAGUUCUGGCUCACGAUUUCCUGGUGGAUUUCGUCGAGCAACAUCCUUGAAGAAGUCACGAUCCGACACAGAGAAAGUGGAUAAUGCAGGCGAGACUAGAACUGAUGAGGUGGAGGCAGGUACAUUACAGGACGAGUUGGAUGAUGACGUGCAGUAUAAUGGUUUAUGGUCUGCUCGGUCUUUCAGUCAAGCAUGGUAUAAUUUUAAGGAGCGGCGUCGUGCAACUAGUGUAGCACUUCAUGCUAACCUCACUUAUAUCACUUUACCAUGGCAUCGUAUAAUUGCAGAUUUGCUAGAGAACAGAACUGCACCAGUGCUAACUCACUGAGAAGUAUAGCCUAUUUUAGAGACUGCCUCUGGAUUCAUUCUAAGAAUUCAAUUUGACCAGCUGUGAUUCUUUUACUAAUUUAGUAGGAGUAUUUUGGUGUGUGUGUGUCUGGGUGGAAGUGGAGUGGGGAGUACCCCCAGAAAUGUGUCAUAAUAAGUGGUAAGAGUUCAACUGUGAACUAGCAGCUUUUUUUAAAAGUGUUAGUGUGCAUGUGUGUGCAAAUGUGUUGUGAAAGGGGAUGACAGUAUGAGUGUGUUAGCAGGUUGUUUUUUUUUUUAAGUGCAAUAUGCAGUCUUGAUUGAUUAUUGAUAUCCAAGACUGUACAAGUGGUGCUUUUAGAAGCUGUACCAUUUUGCCAAACAUUUUGCCUUGAAUUCUGUGAAAUUUAUUUACAGGGUUAAGUCCUUCCUCUGCACUUUUGUUUCUUUGAGUGGUUUUGUUGGUUUUUUCUAGAGUGUUCUAACAUUUUACUUUUUAAUGCUUGUCUCAUGAUAUGCCCUUCCAUUUUUGUUAAAUAGUUCUAUAUUGGAACUUUUUUUUUUUAGUUUUCUUGGUAUGAGGUAGUAAGCUAUUGAUUUACUUAAAGGCCAGACUCCUAUCUGAUGGCAAGAAGAAAUGAUUUUGGAGAGGUGAGGGUAUUUGUUAGGUCAGGAGGAGAAAUUAGUAAAGUAUGACCUCUGAGGUAGCUUUUACCUCACUUGUUUUUCACGUCCCUCUCCCAUGUUGAACAAUUCUUUCCCACUGUAAGGUAGAAGAGUGGCUUUUAUAAGAUAGCUGAUGACCGGCUCAGCAAAAGGCUGAGAGACAACACACUUGUUCAAGCAGAGUCAAAAACAGAUAUGAGCAAUAUGUACAGAUAUUUUAAAGUAUAUUAUUGCAGUCACUGUAAGAUUGUGAAAAUAAUGCAGUCUCUGCAUCAUGAGAAUUAACGUCGUUAAUAUUCACUUAUGCUUUUGGCAUAUAACUUGUAACAUUAGGAAUUACAAACAACAGUUUUGAAAGAUGUCAUCAUAUAGCUGGCUGACUGUAAUACAAAACUGAUGGUAAGUUAUUGCAUUUGUUGAGUGCACAGUUAUGUGGCAUAUUUUUUUAAAAACCAUUGUUUUUUUAAAAAAUUGCACUUGUGCUUGUUUUUUUUAAAUUUUGUAUGCAUAAUGAUUGCGUUUUGGGACCAAUAAUUAAUGUCUUUCAUUUUCAAAACCUUUCAAGUUCUUUUGUUUCCCACAGCAUAUGAGCUGAAAAUCUUGGCAACUGGUAACUAGACAAGCUUGUGUGGUUAUUCCCCCUUAGAGGAUUCAUUCCAGUCAAAUUUAUGUUCUUUUUGUUUUCAGUUCUGAUAAUUGUGUUUUUUUUUUUAUCAUCCCUUUAUUUAUUGAACAUUUAACAUGCAGGUAGAAAAAUAUUAAAUUUGUCUUUACAUUGUUUAAUUAUUUUACAGAGAAGUUCAUGGAAAAGGCAGUUAUUUUGCAUUGGCUUAGGUUGUAGGCUUUGAUUUGUACUCCAUUUAAAAAUUCUUCUACUUUUCCUUGAAAAUUAGUUGUAUUAAUGUUUUAAUAUGCUUCCCACCUUAUUUAAGAUAUUUGUUGAAAAUUCACAAUCUUGUUGGCAUGAAAACAAAUCAUUUGGGAUAAAUUUUUUUUAUUGUUUAAAGUAUAUUGCUUGCAGAUAUUUCAAAGAUCAGUUGAAUGAAUGCUCAUUAUAUGUGUGUUGGUGGGGUAUGCAUUUUAUAAAAAGAAGGAACAUGCACUUGCUUGCUGAUGAUACAUCUGAUGAUGAAACAGAUCCACUCGCAGUUUUGCUUUUAACCAUGUUGAACAGCUGGACUUCUUUUCUUGCCUAUAAAAAAUGUGUGUAAUUCAGUCAGUCAUCCAGUUUCUGAUGACGGCUUGACAGUAGAGAAUGACUGACCAUACAGUUAUGUGAACUUUGCACUUAAAGAAGAAAAACUCGGAUUUAAAGUUUCAGAAUAUUUUGUUUCUCCAUCAGAUGGAUAUUUUUAGAACAAAGCUACUUUUUAUAGCCAUUCAUAACGUCAUUUCAACAUGGCAGCAGAUUUUUCCUAUGUAUAAUUCAUUAUAAUAAGAUUUUUCAAGAAAUAGUGCAGCAGAUUUUAGAACUGUACAAAUGGGUGCUGACUGCUAGAUGUAACCCUGACACUGUCAUCAUUGUACUUGAGAUCAGUUGCUUAGCAUAUAAAUGCAUUUAUGAUUGUCUGUUUUCUUUGUAGGUUGUGUUCAUAGAAGACAAAGAAAUCAAGACUUUUAUAUGCCAUGGACUCAGUUCAUGCAAGCUGUGUACAGUGCUUAACUCACCAACUCUGGGCCACUCAUGCAUAGGGUCCAUGUCUAAAAAUCAAAUAAAAAAUAAAACAAAACAAAAACCAUGGAAUGUUUUUAUGAAUUAAUAAAUCACUUUUUGUUGAUGUAAUAAGUUCAUAUUGAGUAUGACAAUGCUUUCAGAUUCCAUUCAGUUUAUAAGUAAAUUUUAUUUUUGCUAAUAUACACCCCUCAGUAUUUCAUGUCAAGUCCAAGCUUUUAUAAAGGCCAUCAUUUCCUCUGACCUUCCUGUUUUUACCCCACCUCCGAUGUCUGCAUUUGUAUGUGUUCACAUGUUGUCUUUGUGGAUUAACACACUGCAGUAAAUUGCCAGUAUCCAGUGAGUUAAUUGGCUUAAUUUGCCUUGUUCUUCUACAUGCUGGUUAUUAUGUGCAGGAAUUUCCUGAGAAGUGACUGACGACAGCAAGAAAAUAGAAAAUAUUAAGGCUGAAGGGGUGCACCACAUAUAUAAGCACAUAUAAGCACUCAUACACAUACCUAUAAAUAUAUGUACAAAUAUGCGCAUAUAGAUAUUGAUAAAUAUCAAGCUUAAAGUCUUCCAUGUAAUAAUGAACUUGUCCAUGUUAGAAACAGAUUCUCCAAAAGAUUACUUGUUGAUAAUAAGGCUGCACAAUUUUUUAAAAGGGGUAUUCUCUUAGCAUCCUUUAUGUUCAAUGCUGGCUUUAGGUAAUAUUUGCGUUCUCUUUGACACUGCUUUGGCCUUUAGCUGGAUGUGAUGUGUUACAAUAUUGUUUUCUCACCACAUUAUUUGAGAGAUAUGCUUAGGAUUCUCAUAUGGUGGUGAUCUGUGUGUGUCUUAUAAUAGGAAUAGCUGUCCUUAAUAUUCUAAAAAGAUUUAUGUAUAAAUAUGAGUUAAUUGAAAACACAGGCAUCUUUUAGAAAUGAUUGUGCUUGUUAUCCUGCACAUUUCGCAGAUGUGUAUGAGCUUAUUCAUAUCUUAGAAUAUGAUCUCAGUCUUCUUUGGAGACAAUAAUAGUUUUAAAGCAAUGUUAUAAAGUAUGAUAAAAACAAGAUGCAAAGUUUGAUACCUAUUGUGGAACUUUCAUAUCCUGCUUAAUUUUGAUUUUCAGAGCUGUGCCUAAUGUUCAAGUACCAAUGCAAUUUAUUAUUUUAUUUUAAAUCAUAAAUGGCAUCUUUAGAAUUAAAGGAGGGAAAGAACAACAUAAGCUGUAAAGCACACUGGUAAAUUCUGUGAAAACGGUGUGAAGAAAACUUUGAAUAUGAAGCUUAGCAUUUAGGUGCAAAGUGCUUGUUGUGUCCGAGUGAUAAAAAUGAUUGUAUACAUCAAUCCCAGCAUUUUUCAGAAUGUCUCAGGAAACAUUGGUGAUAAUUCAUUAAUAUUCCUUUAAUUUUUCUGUAAAUGAUUCCUAUGGAUAUGGCUGCACAUGUAGCACAAAGGCCACAGAUUAGCUAAAAGGUCACCAAUGUCUGGUCUACAUGUAUAAAACUGCGUAAAAUUGUGAAUAUUUUUUUUUAAUUAUCCAGUAUACUUAAUAAUAUGUACUUAGAGUAAAAGUAGUAUAAUCAGCUCAUAAUCCAAGUGUUUUAGAUACCAGUCGGAUGUUUGUAUUUUUCUAGAAUAAUGUGCAUGAAAACUUCCAUGUUUCAACAUCUGUGAAUGUGUAUGUAAAGGAAGGGGGGGGACAUGGGUACACUUCAAGUUUUUGCAUAUGAGGUAAUUACUGCAUAAUCAAAUGUACUGAAUGCUUGAACUUGCUGGUGCCUCAAUUGUACAUUUACUUAUAUGCUAAAGAAGGCAUCAUUUUCACAAUUCCAGGAGCAGCUCUCAAACAUUCACAAAACAACGGCCAGAUACCCUGGCCACAAUUUAACCUAUAUAUUUCGUGUGCAUGUGUGAUCUGUACAUAACCAGUUCUAACAAAAGGGAAUGAAUUUGGGAGGUAGACUUGUAGUGGCAGCCAAACUUUAUGACCCCUGAGAUUUAAGUUUUGCAUGACAGCUUCAUUAUUACUUUCAACAUAGACUAUGAGCUUAAUGGUAAUUUUUUUGUAGUGGUGAGGUGCACAUGAAUAAGGCCUGGUCAAUAUUAUUCAGUAGUUUAAAAUGUGUAUGUACCUUAGGGCUGUGUGUAUUAUGUUAUUAGUUGAAUUUAAUGAAUACCACUGAAAUGCGAUAUUUUAAAUUUAAAAUCAGGAAGUUAUCCUUACAGACUCUAGUAUGCUAUCUAGGAAUGUGAAUGGCAUGAUCUGGUUUUAGACCAUUGUUUUAGUCUUUUAUAGUUUGCAGUACUUAAAGGAAAUGUAAAGUGAAAUGGAAAGUUGUGUUUAAAUUAUAGAUGCCAACAUUCUGUAUCAUUUCUGCUCACAAUUUAGGGUUUAAAUCAUGACUGGAAAACAGCUGCAUGUCAGUUUUUGAAGAUUGCACUUUUUAGCAAAGGAAAACAAACUGACCUUUUGACAUAAAAGGAAUCAUUUGAAAAGAAAUGUAUUUUCUUAUCUCAUUCUCAUUGUAUCCAGGUUUGAAAUUGUAUGGCAUGAUCUCCAAAUCCACGAUGCUAGAGUUUGAUGACUGCACUAUAGAAACUGAAAGUAAACUUGGACAGCUAGAUAUUUUUUAUAUCAGUCAGCAACAAAGCAUGGCAGCCUUAUUGUACCAUCUGAGAACUGUGUUUUAACUGUGAUUGCAGUCUUUUGCAAAUCGUAAGCAUUUUGUUUUGCAACCCAAAAUGUUGAGCAGAAAUUAUUCAGAAUGUCAGUAUCUCUCAUUUAAACCCACUUUACUUGUCUUUCAACUCUUUGUAGGGACAAAAAACUAUCCUCUGACGUCAGCUUAGUGUUUUUUAACAGUGGUUUCUCCACAUGCUGUACUUUUUGUCAGUGCACUGUCUUCAUAGAAGACAAACUUUUUUUUUUUAAGUCGGUCAUUAUCCUUCAUAAAAUGCCUAAUUUACACCAGAGUAAAAUCUCUACUUAUUCAGCAUUUAACAUAAGUGCAUCAUAAAUGACAAUAUUUUUCACAUUUGGAAACAGUCAUUGACUACAGUAUGUUUUUCUAUGAUUACGGCAUUGUCAUCAUUUACAGUAAAAAAUAGAUUUAUAACAUGACUUUACAGCUCAUGUGUUGUUAAUUUUGUUAAUUAAAUUUCCCCAGUCCAGAUUCAAACAGAAACUAUUGGAACUACUUUGUACAUAUUCAUUUCUAGUUUGUGUUUAUGUAAGAUGAAAGUACUUUCGAAUUUGUGUGCACGUGUGCAUAUUAAGGCAGUCAUCUGCAUGAAUAUCAAAAGUCCAUGUACAUGAAUGUCAGAAGAAUGUAAGUUGCUAAUUUUUUUUUGUAUUAGGCAGACCGUCAUGAUUACAAUCAAGUUAACUGUAAUUGAAGAUUUUUAAUCAGCAGUUUCACAAAUUUUGACCUUGCCACUCCAGACAUUUCCUAUUUUGUAACAAUAUUUAGAACUUCCUGUGAAUCUUUAAAGGGUUUAUUAUGUACUAUAGCAAGAAUUUGUCGGUAAUGUCUAGGGAUACUUUGCCAUGUAUUUUGAAGACUAUUGUUGUCUGCUGCUACAUCUUACAGUGUUAAGACACUGCUUGUAAGACUAUAUUACAACUGAUCAGUAAAAAAGGGUGUCAAAAUUCCAAAGUUGCAAACCUAUUUUCAAGUAAAUAAACAGUUACACAUACUGUA